GCCGUCUCUCUCCUACUUACUCUUAUUUCUUCCACACAGGCCGCCCUUCCUUUCUGGUGAACAUUGCAGGGUGUGGGCGCAAGUAGCCCGUUCAUUGCCCGCUUGUUCUCUACAUGUCUCCUCACAGUCGUCAACGUUUACGUUCUAUGCUCUGGCCUUUAUUUCCAAUCGUAAUAUACAUUCAUGCUGCUUUCUCUCAAGAAAUAUCCACAAACACACCCGUGCCACCAUUGCAAUGGAUAAACCUAACACCUCUUCUGGGUGGAUCCGCUGCACCCCCACCGCUAAAGGAUGCGUCCAUUGGUUAUGAUGACACCAGCAGGAAUGUCAUCAUAUUCGGUGGUGAAUCGUCACAAGGUUUCCCUCAGUCUUCAACGUAUCUUUUGAAUCUGGAUACAUUAACUUGGCAUUCACCCUCACCGCCUACGCAGUUGCAGGGCGACCCACCUGCCCGGGCUGGUGCCAUUAGUGGUAUCGAUUUCGCUGCUAGCUAUCGUCACAGCUACCUUGUUGCAGGUGGUAGAGGGACUAGUGGGCCGCUGAACGAUGUCUGGGAGUUCGACUACAAUAACGAAUUCUGGUCACAAGUCCAAAUUACAGGCAGCAGUCCCUCUCCUAGAUACGGAGCUGUCGGUGGAAUGGAUUUCCGCACUCCGCCCAUUCAAAGUAUAUCCUUGGCUAGUCCGAACAAUACCUACUAUCUUGCAGGUGGAUUCGACGGCAAAAAUGCCAUAUCCCUAUCGGAUGUUUGGCGAUUGAAUAUCUCUGGUACUCUGUCUUCUAACAAUGCUCGGGAUGUCAUAGGAAGCUGGGAGAAGAUACCGUUUGACGAUAGUCUACCUGGUCGCACGGGAAUGUCUGGCGCCGUUGUGUUGACAGGUUCACAGCAACACAUCGUCUCUGUUGGCGGCUGCCACUCUUCCAAUGGUAACGCAUCGUGUGCUGAUGGAACAUCCUACGUGCUAAAUAUCGAUGCGAUCGGUGAUAAUUCACCUCCUACGUGCCCAGCACCUCGCAGCGACCCAGCGCUCGCAGCCAAUAGGUCACCUGGAUCCAGCUUUGGCUCGCAGGUGUACAUGGUCCUCGGCACCUAUGAUUCCUCAUUAUGGGACGACGGUAAUGGGCUCAACCGUGGCGAAGUUGACAUUCUUGACAUCGGUACAGGUGCUUGGGCUCGCAUAUUGCCUUCUGGUGAUCCAGGACAGCAGGGGAAUGACAAACCUGCUUUCCCGACCCCUCGAGAAGGGGCUGCUGCGAUCUCUUUCCCUCAGAAGCUUGUCGGAUCCAAUAGAAAUCAAGCAGCUGACAUGCUGGUCUUUGGUGGUCGUGAUGCUUCGGGCAGGUAUCUAUCGGAAGUUUGGAUCUUGCGAGCAUACAAUGCGACUCUGACUCAAAGCAACCAACAUUGGGGUGGAUUCGGAAAUGGUCAAUUAACCGGCGGUACCGACGCAACUGGAGCAGGCGUCACCAUCCAAUACAUGACGGCAUGUGCGACUGCCUUGAAAUCCGGUUCGACUUCAGGAUCGCCGACUGCGACUGGAACGUCGCCAUCCCAGCCGACUAACACUAACGGAAACGACACGCCCUCCCCCGUCGCGUCGGACCUGUACGAUACGUCCGUCAUUCACAAAGCGCUUGCACCGGUAUCGAUUGCCAUCCUCCUCCCAGCCAUCGUCCUAUUCCGAUUGUCCUCCUUUUCACUGUCGCAACCAGAUGCCCCUGGAUUAGGCCUUUCGUUCUUCUUCGCAUCCAUAGUUGGCGGUAUUGCCGCAUUUGGCAUUGGCAUUGGUGGCCUCGCCUCUGCAUUCACAUCCAUUACCCUAAACUCCUCCAUCGCGAAACGAGCGUCUUCCUCCCUCAACUUACAGACCGGUCACGGUCGCGCAGGACUCGCUCUAUUCGUAGCGCUAUACGGUGUCGUCCCCGCCUUAGUAGCGAUCUCACUUUGUAUCAAGGUUCGGCGUAACGGGGGUGUUAGUAGUCUUUCACUGUCGAAUGGAAGGUCGAGGUUCAAUUCUAGCGAGGCGCCAGAGAAGCGUAUGGAUAGCCCAGCGCCACCUACCAAUGCGGCGUCGGAAGAAACAUCUGCAGCGGAUGAUCGCUCGCAGUCGAGAGAAAGGAGAGCCCGGUCAUGGAGCAGUUUCGGAUGGCCUGGUGGUAGGCAUUCAGCAGGUCAUAUGUCCGAGGAGAGUGUGCAAGAUGCGGCCGGCUCUCCUUCAGGCCGAUCGUUUGAAGUCACAAACCGGCCACAACGGACCCGUCAUGCUAGCGUACAUAGUCUAGCUGCGUUCGCUGAGUAUAACAGGCCUGGACAGAAUCGAAAUUCUUUUACUUGCCGAUUUUCAAUGAUGCAAUAACGCUAAUUUGGCAUGGCUUCUAGGCUGACGGUGAUUACGCCCUGAACCAGUUACCACCGACACCCGGAACCAAUAUCCUCGAAAUGACCAGUACUCGGGGUUUAGUCACUCAGUCACCGAACAUUGAACCCCCACAUAUGCCUCCACUUCUGGAUUCCCUUAUCCAUAUCCUCUUACAUCUUUUGGUUAUAGGACUCUCCAUUCUCUCGCUUAUCGCUCUUUGGAAUCGCGCACCAAAAGCUGGAUUUGCUGUCUUCCUAGCAUGGACUGCGGUGUUUUACACCGUCAUUGUCGUCCUAGCAUGGCGAGGUAUCCCACACGAGUCCAUUCUCUCUACAUUCUUGCACCGAUUACGUGCCGAACAUGUCCCUACUCAAGUUCCGUCUCGUCCUCUGUCUGAAGUUGGCAUGGAUGGUAUUCCCUUCCCCUCUAAUCAUCAAGGUCCUUACCAGCAUCAUCAACCACCGUACCGUGCUGUGCCCCAUGACGGGGACUACCCUACGUCAUCCCAUGGUCACGACGGGCUUGGUGUCGAUGAUUAUGAUGAUGGCGAGGAUGAUGAGACGAGGCAACGACGAAUAGAGGAAGAGAUGAGUCGUAGGGAGGUGUCGAUUGUCACAGUACCCAGACGCAAACUAUACCUAACGAAUCCGGAGUCAUGAAGUGUACUUAUCUUUCAAAAGGACUACUGUCUUAGUUAUCUCCAUUCCUUUUUUUUUCCCUUCCUCCUUGCUGAUAUCCAAACACAUGUAAUUGCAUCUCCUCGUACAUCAUCAUCCAACAUUAUCCUAGUCCCAACGCAUGUUUCAUUUGCUCUGUAACACAUCCUUCCAUCUUGACGCUGACUUACAUCACUCUCUUGCUUUCCAGGCGGAGCCGUUUAUCCCCUCAUUGUAUUCUUUAUUGCAUGAUUAUGAUUCGGAUGGAUGUACCCUAUGCGACU